AGGAAGGGGUAGGAAUGCUGAACAAGAGCCUGCUGUACAUGAUCAGCAGGAUGAUGAGAUUAUGGCUGAUCAGCCGGAUGAUGACACUGAGGCGGAGGAGGAGACUAGUGGUGAGGAGGAGACUAGUGGUGAGGAGGAGGCUGAGGAGGAUGUCGGUGCUGACCUCGAGGCGGAGUUUGAUGAGGAGUCUGGUGAUGAGGACGAUGAGAACAGGUUGUGGUAUGAGGGAGGUCCGUUUGACCUUUGCUUGUUGACUAAGUAUGGCGAACAUAUAGCUCGUGACAUAUGGAGGUCAUACAAGCGGCCAAAUUAUGAGACUAGAGGUGUGCUCAAGACCUAUAAUCAUGGGAGGAUGUGUCAUCCUGUAGUCCAUCAUGCUCGGUACAUAAGGGGUGCGGUGCAUAAUGCAGGUUUGCGGUGGGUGAUGAAAUGCACAAGCCCGAGUGUUGACCAGAGCAUUAUUUCUGCUUUUGUUGAGCGAUGGCAUCCUGAGACGUCAUCUUUCCACUUACCCUGGGGGGAAAUGACGAUCACACUUGAAGAUGUCUCAGCAUUACUCCACUUGCCCGUAGAGGGUGAGUUCUUCUCCUUUGGUAACCCGACUAGGGAAGAGGCGGCUCCUGCGGUUGCUCAGUUACUUGAUGUGGACAUUGAGCUUGUGAUGGAGGAGUUUGAUGCUUGUAGGGGUCCAUCUCUUCGCUUUAGCUUUCUCCAAGCUAUUGUGGAGAAACACGUAGAGGCCAACAAUGAAGUUCCUGCAUGCCGAGCUUAUAUGCUGCGGUUGAUUGGCAUGACCCUUUUCUGUGACAAGAGCAACACAUAUAUUGGUGCUGUGUAUUUGUCUCUGUUUGAAGAUGUUGAGAAUGCAUCAAGGUGGAAUUGGGGAGCUGCCACUUUGGCUUACUUGUAUGGUCAGCUCGGGGAGGCCAGUAGGAAUGGUGCUAAGUCUGUUGCUGGUUAUUUAUCUCUUCUGCAGUCAUGGGUGUUUGCCCACUUCCCCGGAUCAGUGUUUGAGCGCAGGGACAACCCUGCCUACACACCAGACAGGCCUGUUGCACUAACUUGGGAGGCGCUUCGAGGGACUACUGAGGUUGCGCAGAAGAGGAUGAACCUGGAUACGUUUCCGGCCAGUUCUGUGAUUUGGAGACCUUAUGUAGAGCACUAUGAUCACUGGCCCUUCCCUCAGGUUGCCUUGUAUAGGGGAUUUAUCAGGCAUGCCGGGAUGAUAUUCCCAUACCUCCCAGAUCGAGUCAUCAGGCAGUUUGGCCGGAUCCAGUAUGUGCCAGAUCCCCCACCAUCGUCAGUUACGUGCCGGGAGUGUGAUCGUCGAUUUGCGCACUGGAAUGAUCACAUUUGCCAUCUGUCGGAAGAAGCUGCUUUCCCUUUUCAGACCACUGGCGAAUACACUCCUUGGUAUAUCAAGGUCUCACACCCUUACAUGGUCCCAGAUGAGUACAAAGGCGACCGCUUCGCAUUUCUAGAGAACCAGUUUGCGGAGCUUGCGUUGUACUCUGGCAUUGCGGUUGAUCCGACGACAGAUGGAUCGCCCCCGCCGGGUUCACCGAUGUGGGAUGUGGUGCACAAUAUGCAUACCAUCAUCGAGGGAGCAGUGCACGGGAGGGGAAGAAAGAUUAGGGGACGGGACUCGGGAGCUGGGCCUUCAAAUUCUGGGCGUUAGAUUUAGGGACCUUUGUACUUUUAUUUUGUUGGAUAAUGAUGUUGUUUAAUGUUGUUUAAUUUCGGGUCUUUUGUUAUGUGUUUUGUUGGAUAAAGCAUCUAUGUGUGUUUGUUGGAUAAUUUCGGAUCUUC